CAGUCUGGUUUUCGCUGAAAGCAGAGAGCGGACAGAAGCCGGCAGAGGAAGCCGGGCACAAUUAAGUGUUGCACUCGUUUGUUUUGUUUACGUUCUCCAAAAAGCUAGCCUAGAUAGCCACAAAUUCGAAGCAGCAACAUCUUUUAAACAAUAAGUUCUGCUGAACUGAUACGGAAACACCAUGAAGCCCGCAGUGGACGAGAUGUUUCCUGAAGGAGCCGGACCCUAUGUAGACCUUGACGAGGCAGGGGGCAGCAGCGGCCUGCUAAUGGACCUGGCAGCCAAUGAAAAAGCAGUGCAUUCUGAUUUCUUUAAUGACUUUGAAGACCUCUUCGAUGACGAUGACCUGCAGUGAUGACCCGUAUAAUGUGUACAUAAAGGAAUCAAGAAAAUGGGCCUCGUCUGACCACAAGAUGUGUCUUAUUUGUACAGAACCCUCCACCCACAUGUCGCCCACCCCCAUACUGAAAUAAGACUUUUUGUUUUUACAAAAUAAAAGAUGUCUCUGUAAA